GCAUUGUAAAGCGUAAGCCGGCCGUUAUUGAGGGCAUUUUCCAGUUGGAUAUGGAGUACUGUGCCGGCUCCUAUGGCUAUGAUAUUGGAAAGAGAAGUGGUGGCCAGGGCCCUGAGGAAGUAUGGCGCGGAUUGGCCACUAUUGCCGGUAGCUGGAUUGGCGGAGGGGCUAACCAGGCAGCCAUGUUUGAAGUAUUCAAGCCUUCCGGUGAACUCUUCUCAGCCACCAUUGCGGUGGAUGUGAUUGUAGCCAAUAUAUGGAUGGCCUUCCUCUUAUACGGAGCCGGCAUGUCGGAGCGGGUAGAUCGUUUCUUUAAAGCAGAUUCAUCUGCUGUUCACCAGCUGAAGGAAAAGAUCGAGAAUUACCAGCUGAGUAUUUCCAAAAUACCCACCCUUACCGAUAUCAUGGUCAUCCUGGCCUUUGGCUUUGGGGCUACGGCCAUAGGACAUUUUGGAGCUGACCUUAUCGCUCCUUUUAUCGGAGAUAAUUUUCCCGGGCUGGCCAAGUUCAGCCUCACCAGUGGUUUUUUCUGGCUGAUUGUAAUUGCCACUACCCUGGGUAUUAUUCUCUCCUUUACCAAAGCGCGUAAGCUGGAAGGCGCAG